GGCCAGCCCACGGCCUCCACUCACAGCGUUGAUGACGCUGCCAGAUGGAGGCAGCGAUAAGGUACGCCUUCCUGACAGGAUGUGGGUACUCAUCUGUGUGUUCCCUUGUGUGCUGCGACUCUCAGGAAGUCAUCCGUCUGCUGAAGGACAAGUUGCGCGCCGAGUGGGACGAGUGGGCCAAGAAGGAGAAGAUACUUGAGCAGGUAGGGGGGAGGGAAGGCGGGUUAAUGGCUGCCAACAACCUCUGCUGCCCUGUCUUUCAGGAGCUACUACGUGUCUGCCGGGGGAACUCGGAGCUGAACAAGGUAAGAUCAUCGACUUGAACACAUGCCAAUCUGAAUGCCGUGUGGUUUGUGCGCAGGAGCUGACGGCCGUAAAGGACGACAACAAGAACCUGCUGGACAAUCUUCAAGUGUUGUCAGGAUUGCACCUUCAGCCACUAGGCAGGUCAACCCAAGAGCUCAAGUACGCCUCACAGUUGGCUGCCACCAACGCUGCCACACUGACGAAUAGCAUCCGCACGGCAUUCCAUGGUGUGGCCCUCUCCUUUGCUUUUCAGUAGGUCCAUCACACUCAAGUUCAUCGCCGACACAUCACGGCCGCCACCACCGUGUACUGUACACCGUGGUUAGUGUGGGAUGCCUUCAGCGGCGUUAGAGGAGCACCCUGAUGACGAGGUCAAGUACCUGUCAGGCGAGUGAGUGUUCCUACUUAGUCAAUGGAGAUGGAUCGAUGCUUUGGGCUACGCCGUUCGGUCGAUGUCUUUUAUUCAAUGACCUACCCACAUCCCUGUUUAUGUUGUGUGAGUGAGUGCAGGAGACGUGCGGUCCAAAGGAAGCACCCACAAAAUGAGCUGCACAGGUUUGUCUUGUACGCCGGAGCAAACAGCCAUAUGAUGGACCGAUUUGUCCUUUCCAUCGGUGUGUGUGUGUGUGUGUUGGUUAGCCCUACAUCCCAUUUUGAGGUAGUGGACAGCCUCCUCAAGCUCGUUGCGGCAGGCGGCAUCUCAGCAUGGGGCAUGUGCGCAUUCUUCUUUCUUCCACUUGUUGUGUGCAGGUAAUAUCGCUGCGUAGAUUUGAUAUCUUGGCCGAUAUCUAUCGCCUUCCAUUGUAUGGUGUAAAGAGAAAGAAAAGAGUAUUGAAAUUGCCGCUUCCCGAGAUCGCCUCCUUCUGCGCACAAGUAAGUACAUCCAUCCAUCUCAUGACAUACAUACAUACAUGCCUUUGUCUCUGUCGGUCUACCUGCGUGCGUGUCAUCGAUGUAUGCGGAUGC